GCGUAGCGGAGCGCCCACGGUCAGCGUGACGUUAGACGGAGAUCGGAAUACGACCAUGGAGGUUCCAAAAAAGCUUCUGAAUUCAGUGGACAGCUGUGUGGAUGAGGCGCUGUCGGGGAUCAUAAGCAGCAACAGUGGGCUGUCCCUGCUUAAGGGCCACAGGGUGGUGGUGCGUUCCGACCUUGAGACUCUGAGGAACCGAGUGGCAUUGGUGUCAGGAGGCGGCUCUGGACAUGAACCGGCACACGCAGGGUACGUGGGAGCGGGGAUGCUGUCGGCGGCAGUGGCCGGCUCCGUGUUUGCUUCCCCCCCACCCAGCAGCGUGCUGGCUGCCAUCCUCACCCUCCGGCAGGCUGGGGCCAGCGGGGUGCUGCUCAUCGUGAAGAAUUACACUGGUGACCGGCUCAACUUCGGCCUGGCGUUGGAGCAGGCCCGGGCCCGGGGUGUGCCAGUCGCCAUGGUGAUCGUUGCUGACGAUUGCGCCUUUGUCCAGCCCAGCAAGGCAGGGCGGAGGGGCCUUUGCGGCACUCUGCUUAUUCACAAGAUGGCUGGGGCUCUGGCUGAAGAGGGCCGUUCAUUGGACGAGAUUGUCACCAUAGUAACAGAAGCAGUGAAGGACAUCGGCACCCUGGGAGUCAGCAUGUCCCCAUGCAGUGUCCCUGGCUGUGUGCCCUCCUUUGAACUGCCCCCAGGGGAGAUGGAGCUGGGCUUGGGAAUACAUGGGGAAGCAGGCAUACAAAGAUUAAAGAUUGGCUCAGCAGAUGAGGUAGUGAAGAUUAUGAUAGAUCACAUGACUAAUCCCACCAGCCAAUCACACCUGCCACUUAAUACAGGGGACACCGUGGUGCUCUGUGUGAAUAACCUGGGAGCCUUGUCCUGUCUGGAGAUGGCCGUGGUGACCAGAGCUGCCCUAACCUGCCUGGAGGGGCGUGGCGUUCGCGUCGCCCGGGUCACGUCUGGGACGUUCAUGACAUCGCUGGAGAUGACCGGCGUGUCUCUCACACUCAUGCGGACUGACGAGGAAAGGCUGCGGCUUUUCGAUGCUAAAACCACAGCCCCCAACUGGCCCAACCUCAGCCGUGGUGCGGUGAGCGGACGGAACUGCAUUGUGGAGCUGCCGAAGAGUGUCUUAGCUACAGAGCUGUCAGCAGAAAAAGAAGGUCCUCUCAGUGCUGUGACACGAAGAGUUCUGGAAGCAGUUUGUACUACUCUGCUGAAUCAGCGGGAGGAGCUGAACACCUUGGAUCGUGCAUCAGGGGACGGGGACUGCGGGAACACACAUGCACUCGCUGCACGUGCCAUCCAAGAGUGGAUCCAUAGUCAUGUGAUCCCGGGUUGCCCAGGGAAGGUUCUGUCUGCCCUCGCCGGAUUGGUGCAGGAGCACAUGGGCGGGUCUUCUGGGGCGCUGUACAGCCUGUUUUUAACAGCCGCUGCAACCCCUCUGAGUGGACGUAGUGACUCUGCAGCCUGGGCUGAUGCAUUGCAUGCUGGGACAGAGGCUAUGAGGAGGUAUGGAGGAGCAGAUCCUGGUGACCGAACCAUGCUUGAUGCCCUUUGCCCAGCACUUGAUGAACUGAGGAAACUUUCAGAGGUGCCCCCUGGUGGUGAGAUGGCUAUUUGGCAGGCUGCCGUGCAGAAAGCUGAGUCUGGGGCAGAGUCCACACGUAACCUAACGGCAAGGGCGGGUCGAGCCAGUUACGUCGCUGCCGAGCGGGUGACGCUGCCUGAUCCCGGUGCCGUUGCCGUGGCCGCCAUCCUUCGGACAGUGAUCGCCGCUUUAGGCAGUGACAAGUAGGAGCGGCGGAGACGGCGGUGUUGAGGAUGGCUGCGAUGGAAGCCUUUAGAGCUGGACCAAUUUUACUCCUUCCUACAAACAUGAAAAGCAGUGAAUAAACUCGAAUAAAAGAUCAGUGAAGGGAGACGCGAUAACAUGUCACCCUUCUGUUUCAAAUUACUAUUACAUCAUGAUCUUGUUUUAGCAAACUGACAGCAGGGGAAAAGUAUCUUUGGCUAGUUCCACAUUUGCUACUCUAUGACGUAUGGACAGAAGAAAAUUGCAAUAAUGGAAUUUGAUUGCAGCCCUGAAAUUAACCUGCAUACUGUUAAAAAAAAUACUAAAAUCGAUGCUGUAGUGUAUUAAAGCUACAAAAUAAAUUUAUUUUACAAAAAGUU